CACCAGGCUUAUAAAACCUACAUCCUAAAACACACUCACCCUCUUUUUUCCCUCUAGUUGGUCAUGAGAACGGCGCGAAACUGAAACUAUUUUCACUUUUGAAGUUUCAAACAUGAUGAUUCAACUUAAGAAAAACAGCAACAUUUAAAGUUUAUGAUAUCAAUAAUCAGUAUUUAAAGCUAUCAUGAGAAAAUCUAAAAGAUUCUUACUUUAUAAAUAAUCAAAAUAGUACAAUCAGUACAAAGAAACCUUUGACACAUAAUAACCGGCAUUCUGACAAAACUCUUGUGCAUAAAAACUGUGAUAGUUGUAAAAAACAUUCAAACUACAUAAGUUACUGGACGCCACCUGCAUGGAAACAAUGUAUUACAACUAGAUCUAUAAGGCCCAACAAGGACAUUUUUGGGCCAGUUGCUUUUCCAGUUGAAACAUGAAAUCUGUGGUUUUCAUGUGCAUUGCAUUGCCAUCAAAGCAUUACUUAAAAAGAUUCAAGUCUCAAAGAGAAACAAGGUAGACAAAUAAGAUUUACUCUAGCUUUCACCACACCUUAAGAUUUGGCAAUCAUCCAAAGCUGACGUAAUGCAGAGAUUCAACUUUCCCCUCACUGAACGUCAGCAAAGAACACACCUCUUUCCCUCGAAUUAGAGGUGUGUCUACAGUUACCUUUGCAGCUGUUACUUUUUCUCUUACUAGCAGCUCUACAGGGCUCAGCCUGUUAUCUUGCAUUAUUCAGUAUAAAGAGCAGUGAGAUAGAGUUUGUUUAGUUAAUCAGUAUCUUUAAGGUAAAGCUCAUAAAAACCAGGCUGUGUCUGGUUUUCUACAGACACACAGCCACCAUGGAGCUGCGUCUCUCUGUCUGCAUUGUGCUGCUGCUUUGUGCAACAAGAAGCUCAAAUGGAGGGAAGAUUUUGGUGUGGUACAGUGAGGCCAGCCACUGGAUCAACAUGAAGCCGGUACUGGAAACUCUGGUGGACAGAGGACACCAGGUGACGGUCCUGAUCCCGAGCGCGUCGCUGUUCAUGAACAGCAGCGAACCGUCUCGAUUCCAGUACGAACCUUUUGAUGUUGACGUCUCAGUAAAAGAUUUAGAAAACCUUUUUGAAGAUGUUAUUCAAUUCUCCUUGUAUGAGAUGGAUUUCAUGAGCCCCUAUGAGAUUUCUGUCAAAUUUUUUGAUUUAAUGAAGAAUAACAUAAAUGUUUCUUUAAAGUUUUUGGAUGGUGUUAUGAAAUCAGAAACCAUCAUGAAGAAGCUGAAGGAGGGAAACUACGAUGUGUUAUUUGCUGAUCCGAUCUACCCUGGCUAUGACCUGACUGCUGAUAUUUUGGGCAUUCCUCUCGUUCUUUCUUUGCGUUUCUCCAUUGCUCAUAAUCUUGAGAGGAUGUGUGGUCAGCUACCUGCUCCUCCUUCCUAUGUCCCGGCUGCUAUGAGCAAACUCACAGACAAGAUGGACUUCUCAGAGAGACUCUCCAAUGUCCUCUUCUACACUUCGCAGGAUAUUUUAAUAGGACAGUUCAUGUGGAAAUUGAUUGAUGAAUAUUACUCUGAAAUCAAAGAAACACCCACCAGUGCCUGCGAGCUCGUGGGAAAGGCGGAUAUCUGGCUGCUGAGAACCUACUGGGAUUUUGAUUUUCCUCGUCCACUCCUCCCUAACUUUAAAUUUGUUGGAGGGAUCCACUGCAAACCUGCUAAACCUUUACCAGAGGAAAUGGAAAAGUUUGUCCAAAGCUCUGGAGAUGCUGGUAUUAUUGUCUUCUCUUUAGGAUCAAUGGUCAAGAACGUAUCCACGGAAAAGGCGAACCUGAUCGCCUCAGCGCUCGCUCAGCUUCCACAAAAGGUGCUGUGGAGAUACAGUGGCCAGAAACCCCAGACUCUGGGUUCCAACACCAAAAUAUACGACUGGAUCCCACAGAAUGACCUGCUGGGUCAUCCUAAAACAAAGGCUUUCAUCACUCAUGGUGGGACAAACGGGAUCUAUGAGGCCAUCUACCACGCCGUUCCCAUGGUAGGAAUCCCCAUGUUCGGUGACCAACCAGACAACAUGGUGCACAUAGAGGCCAAAGGAGCUGCAGUUAGUGUUAAAUUUAACUUUAUGACAACUGAGAGCCUCAGAGAUGCCAUAAACAUGGUCAUCAACAACAAAUCCUACAAAGAAAACGUGAUGCGACUGUCCAGAAUCCACCAUGACAGACCCAUGAGUCCUCGGGACGAGGCCGUCUUCUGGAUCGAGUUCACCAUGAGAAACAAAGGAGCCAAACACCUGAGGGUCCAGGCCCACGAACUCACCUGGUACCAGUACCACAGUCUGGACGUCCUAGCCUUCCUCCUUAUUAUAGAUCUGCUCCUCAUCUUCAUCCUCUUCAAGAGCUGCAGCUUCUGUUUCAAGAGAUGCUGCAGCAGAAAACAGACAAAGAGAAAAGCUGAGAAAGACCACAGCUGGUUUAUCUACAGACACAGAGCCACCAUGGAGCUGCGUCUCUCUGUCUGCGUCCUGCUGCUGCUUUGUGCUGCAGAAAACUCAAAUGGAGGGAAGAUUUUGGUGUGGUACACUGAGGCCAGCCACUGGAUCAACAUGAAGUUGGUACUGGAGACACUGGUGGACAGAGGACACCAGGUGACGGUCCUGGUCCCGAGUGCAUCGAUGUUCAUGAACAGUAGCGAACCGUCUCGCUUCCAGUACGAACCUUUUGAUGUUGAUGUCUCAGUAAAAGAUAUAGAAAAGGUUUUUGAUGAUCUUCUUCACUUCUCCAUUUAUGAGAUGGAUUUUAUGAACCCCAUUCAGAUUUACAUGACAUUUAUAGAUUUAAUAAAGAACAACAUGAACAUUUCUUUUAAGUUUUUGGAUGGCGUGGUGAAAUCAGAAACCAUCCUGAAGAAGCUGAAGGACGGAAACUACGAUGUGUUAUUUGCUGAUCCGAUCUACCCUGGCUAUGACCUGACGGCAGAGAUUCUGGGAAUUCCUCUCGUUCUUUCUUUGCGUUUUUCCUUGGCUCAUCACUGGGAGAGGAUGUGUGGUCAGCUUCCUGCUCCACCGUCCUUCGUCCCGGCUGCUAUGAGCAAACUCACAGACAAGAUGGAUUUCUCAGAAAGACUGUUCAACGUCCUCUUCUACGCUCUGCAGGACGUCGUAAUAAACCAGUUCAUGUUGAAAGAUAUUGACAAAUAUUAUUCUGAAGUCAAAGGAACACCUGUUACCCACUGUAAGAUGCUGGGUAAGGCGGAUAUCUGGCUACUGAGAACCUACUGGGAUUUUGAUUUUCCUCGUCCACUCCUCCCCAACUUUAAAUUUGUUGGAGGGGUCCACUGCAAACCAGCUAAACCUUUACCAAAGGAAAUGGAAAAGUUUGUCCAGAGCUCUGGAGAUGCUGGCAUUGUUGUCUUCUCUUUAGGAUCGAUGGUUAAGAACCUCACCACAGAGAAAGCGAACAUGAUCGCCUCAGCGCUCGCUCAACUUCCACAAAAGGUGCUGUGGAGAUACAGUGGCCAGAAACCCCAGACUCUGGGUUCAAACACCAGAAUAUACGACUGGAUCCCACAGAACGACCUGCUGGGUCACCCUAAAACAAAAGUUUUCAUCACUCAUGGUGGGGCAAACGGGAUCUAUGAGGCCAUCUACCACGGCGUUCCCAUGGUGGGAAUCCCCAUGUUUGGUGACCAGCCAGACAACAUGGUGCACAUGGAGGCCAAAGGAGCUGCAGUUAGUGUUAAAUUUAACUUUAUGACAACUGAGAGCCUCAGAGAUGCCCUGAAUAUGGUCAUCAACAACAAAUCCUACAAAGAAAAUGCGAUGCGACUGUCCAAAAUCCACCAUGACAGACCCAUGAGUCCUCGGGACGAGGCCGUCUUCUGGAUCGAGUUCACCAUGAGAAACAAAGGAGCCAAACACCUGAGGGUCCAGGCCCACGAACUCACCUGGUACCAGUACCACAGUCUGGACGUCCUAGCCUUCCUCCUUAUUAUAGAUCUGCUCCUCAUCUUCAUCCUCUUCAAGAGCUGCAGCUUCUGUUUCAAGAGAUGCUGCAGCAGAAAACAGACAAAGAGAAAAGCUGAGUAA